AUGACUCGCGCAACCAUUUCAACUGCGAAAAGUCAUCGACGGCGCUUUCGCGAUUUCAUUCUCUGCCGUUCUGCUUCUGAAUCAAACUCUCCGAAUCCGAUAUCAUCUAAUCAAUCAGUAGUACGGUCAAAUCCUGAUCCUAACCAAGACUUUUUCAAUAAGGUUUGGGAACGCCUUUCAGCACAGGAGCGAGUCACAAUCGAACAGUUAAAAAUCACAGACGAUAUUGAUUCUAUUCUUGUUGCAACAUUGAGUACAGCCCAAGAAAAGAAAAGGCUUUGCGAAGAAAAAAGAUGGACGUUUCAACUCGGACAGCGCACUUUGGUGUUACGAGACGAAGCUGAGAAGGUGGUAAGAGGCCUUCGAAAAUUCAAGGAAGUUGGAGAUAUUAUUGUGAAUGUGGAUCCCCUCCAUGCUGGAUUGCCAUGGGCUGCCAUUCGGCUACUACUCGAGAUAACAAUUGCCGAUGGCAGUCAAAUGGCUGUACUUCUAGCGGGUCUAGAGAUAGCGCUUUCUAUAAUGAACAGAUUGAGGGCAUAUAUGAAAUAUUUGGAAGACUUGCCAGCAACCAAGGAACGAGAAAACUUCCAGGCAUCAUUGGUAGAGCUGUAUGUAGUUGCGUUACAGUUCCUUGUCCGAGCAAUCCAGAUAUAUCAGGAAAAUACUUCAAAAAGGAUUUGGAAAGCUUUCUGGCAGCCUAGUGAAGUGCUGGAUUUCGAGAAUCGAUGCGAUAGAAUUGCUACAAGGGUGGAGAUUGAAGCCAGCAAUUGCGACCGGACUCUCAAUGCCCUCAAUCGACAACACACAAAUCAAAAACUACAAAAUCUUCGCAAGGUUCUCAAAGAAUUGGAAGAACUGCGAUAUAUCAAAGAAUCAGUUAGUGAAAUCUUAGAACAGAUAAAUUUGGAAAAACUACCAAUCGCUAAAAAUGCUACUUUCGAUUCACAUCAAGACGAGCAUGAUGCAAGAUGCCUCCAGGGUACCCGAGUUGAGCUACUGGAACAGAUUUCAGAAUGGGCCGAAGAUCCUAACGGCAAAUGCAUAUUCUGGCUCAAUGGAAUCGCUGGUACGGGCAAGUCUACCAUCUCUCGUACAGUUGCUCAAUCUUUCGAGGAAAAGAAUCUAUUGGGAGCAAGCUUUUUCUUCAAACGAGGCGAAGGUGAUCGUGGAACGGCAAGCAAGUUUUUCACAACUAUUGCUCAUCAACUAGUGGUUAAGCAGCCACAAAUGGUGCAGUCUGUUAAGAAAGCGAUUGAUCUCGAUCCAAACAUUUCCAGCAAAAGCUUAGCAAAGCAAUUUGAGCAAUUGAUUUCCAAGCCACUUUCCGAGUUGAAUUCUUCACCACAGACAUUAGUUCUGGUGAUCGAUGCGCUAGACGAAUGUGAGCGGGAAGAAGAUAUCAAAACAAUAUUACAUCUUUUGACAAAGAUCAAUCAAUUAAAAUCUGUAUGUUCACGAAUUUUUGUGACUAGCAGACCAGAAACUCCAAUCCGUCUUGGCUUCCAAAAAAUGUCAAAGGAAAUACAUCAGGAUCUUGUAUUGCAUAAGAUUUCAAAAACGACUAUCGGGGACGAUAUGAGCAUUUAUUUAAGACACGAAUUUGAGAAGAUAAAGGCCAACAACGUUAGAGACUUAAUUCACAAUUGGCCAGGAGAAGGAAGCAUUCAAGCUCUAGUUCAGAUGGCUAUUCCUUUGUUUAUUUUUGCAGCUACAAUAUGCCGUUUCAUCGCAGAUCAAAAUUGGGACCCAAAGGACCGCUUGAAAAUCAUUCUUCAAUAUCAAACGGCUUCAAACAUAUCGCAACUUGGUAAAACAUAUCUACCAAUUCUAAAUCAGCAGCUUAUCAAUCAAGAUGCGGAGGAAAAGAGAAGACUUAUCCAAGAAUUUAGAGAGGUAGUUCGAGCGAUUAUAAUCCUUGCUGAUCCACUUUCAAUUGUCUCACUUGCGCGUCUACUUGAUGUCGAUCAGAAUUAUGUAGAGCGCCGUCUUCGAUCUCUGCACUCAGUUCUCGAUGUUCCUUCUAGCGAAGAUGCUCCAGUAAGGCUCUUUCAUCUUUCGUUCCGGGAUUUUCUUCUUGAUCAUUCAGAAGAUGACGAAAACAAAUUCAGAAUGAAUGAGAAGGAAUUGCAUGGAAGAAUAGCCAGCAAGUGCCUUCAACUCAUGUCCAGACCCGAGUGCCUUAAACAAGACCUAUGCAGCCUAGGUGAACCUGGGAUAUUACAAAUUGAGGUUGAUAAGAAUACUAUAAAUGAAACUCUGCCGCUACAUGUUCAAUAUGCUUGUCGUUACUGGGUAUAUCAUAUUCAAGGGAGUAAUGAUGUGCUUCUGGACAAUUGCCAAGUUUACAGGUUUCUUCGAGAGCACUUUUUACAUUGGGUUGAAGCUAUGAGUUUGAUGGGAAAUAUUUCAGAAUGUAUUACUGCAAUAAAAAGUUUAGAAUCUUGUAUCUCGGUUGAGAAAGCUCCUGAACUUUUCGCUUUUACCCACGACGCCAAACGCUUCGUCCUUUACAACCGAAUAGGAAUUGAACAAGCUCCUCUUCAAAUCUAUUGUUCAGCCCUUGUCUUUGCCCCUGAGGAGAGCAUCAUUCGAAAAACAUUUCAAGAAUGUAUCCCCAAUUGGAUUUAUACAAUAUCAAGAACACGAUCAAAUUGGAGUGCCGCUCUUCAAACACUCGAGGGCCAUUCGGAUUCGGUUUAUUCGGUUGCCUUUUCGCCGGAUGGUAAAGUGGUAGCUUCUGGCUCUAAUGAUAAAACGAUUCGGCUCUGGGAUGUAGCAACAGGCGACUCGCUUCAAACACUCGAGGGCCAUUCGGAUUCGGUUUGGUCGGUUGCCUUUUCGCCGGAUGGUAAAGUGAUAGCUUCCGGCUCCGAUGAUAAAACGAUUCGGCUCUGGGAUGUAGCAACAGGCGACUCGCUUCAAACACUCGAGGGCCAUUCGGAUUGGGUUAGGUCGGUUGCCUUUUCGCCGGAUGGUAAAGUGAUAGCUUCCGGCUCCGAUGAUAAAACGAUUCGGCUCUGGGAUGUAGCAACAGGCGACUCGCUUCAAACACUCGAGGGCCAUUCGGAUUGGGUUAGGUCGGUUGCCUUUUCGCCGGAUGGUAAAGUGGUAGCUUCCGGCUCCGAUGAUAAAACGAUUCGGCUCUGGGAUGUAGCAACAGGCGACUCGCUUCAAACACUCGAAGGUCAUUCAGGCCUAGAGGCAUCUUCAGCCUUUGAACGCUACUCUAUAUCAAACCAUUGGAUAGUUGAAAUAGUAGAUGGAGAAAUGCGAAAUACGAUUUGGCUACCUCCAGACUAUCGACCAUCUAGUACAUCUUGUUAUAAGGGAAUUCUAGCUCUAGGAGUUCCUUCCGGUCGUAUUUUCAUCUUGAAGCUUGAGUAUGAAAGUUUUACAUCCUCUAGAUCAAAACAAGCUUUAGUCUAG